AUGCUCUUAAAUAGAAGAAAACAUGGAUUGCCAAAAAGGGUAACGUUAGUGCUUCUCAUACUAACAGUGUGUUUUAAACACAUAUCUGGCUUUGCCCGCUCCUUUGCGGUAAACAGGUCAUCUUUAGUUUUAAGUGCCACCAGUGGGAAAAAUGACAGCGUAAGGAAAGCGCAGCUGAGGGAGAACCGGAAGAUCCUGGUCGAAAUUGGGAACAGCCUGAAGGAGCAAGAUGUAAAGAAGGCUCUGUCCAACCUGGACGACCUGUUGGAGGCCUACACAAAGGACAACAAAUUAUGCAGGAACAUGAGUACCCUAUGUGGAAACGUCCUCAAUUUAUGUAGCAAGUAUAACGACAUAAACAACAUGAUCAGCGUCAUCGAAAAAAUGAAAAAACAUAACAUAGAAAUGCAGGAGAAUUCCUUCCUGGCUAUUUGCAAUUAUUACAUUACGAACAAUUAUAUUUAUGAGUACCUUCUCACCAUCAAUAAAAUGAUACAGAAGAAGAUUACAAUCCGGGAGAGGUUCUACAAGUACAUCCUGGUGCACGUGUUGGACCUCCCCCUCGGUGGAGUGCAAAGUGUAAGCAGCGCUCCAAACAGAACGGAACAAGACAUAUAUGAAUCUACACACAUAAACAACAAAAGGUGUAACCUCAUAAAAAAUAUCGACUACAGCAACUUUGAAAAACACGUAGAAGAGGUAGAAAAGUAUAGGAUUCCACAUCUGAGCGAGGAAGACAAAAAGUACCUCCUAAAUAACUACCUCCUUAUUGAUAUUUUUAAACACAUGAACGAGAACAGGGUGAAGAUCAAGCUUCUUUACAUUUUGAAGCUCAUUCAUUACGUGUACGAAAAUGUGCAGCACUUGAUUAGGCAGAGCGAGCAAAGUGUCGCAUGGACCAACCAACCGACCAACCAACAGGUUGAUGAAAGGUCCCCCCCGCAAGAGAGCAAAGCAAAGCUGCUGAGCGGUGUCUUGACGGACCAACUGAGGGACAUCCUGGAGUUGUACAAAAUGAACUACGAAUCGAUGAGCAUAAACAUUAAAAAGUACGAUGACGAAGUAGACGAGGAGGAAAAACGAACCCUCUAUUAUCAGGUCAACAAAAUUAUAAAAAAACUCCCUUUUAUAAAGCUAACCGAGAAUGUAAAAAAUACCUUCAACUGUAAAAACUGCGAAGAAAAUAUUAACACGUACUUUCUAUCCCUCAAACAUACCAUUAUCGUCAUUGUGAAUAUAAUCCUCAUUACCCACCUGUUUAACAGUAAGGAGAUUUUUAAAAUAAAGCACUUUUUUUCCAUCCUAAAUGGGGUGGAUACACCCCGUGAGGGGGAAAACACUAAAGAUACGAAAAGGGGAGGUGAGUGCACGAUGGAUGCAAGUGGCAUGAACUCAGAUGACCAUGACAGCAGCGUGCCGAACGUGGGAGAGUUACCCCGAGAGGAAUUGGGAACCUCCCUGCCCGACACACGAAGUACAAACAAACUGUUCGAACGGGGCACAUACACGUGCCUCCUAGACGGAGCGAACAUCGGCUAUAACAAGCAAAACGUGGAAAAUGGACGAUUCAGUUUUUUGCAAAUUGAAAUUCUGAAGGAAAUUAUAAAAAAGAGAAAUAAUGAAACUCCCCUCAUUAUCCUUCCAAAAAUAUACCACUACAAGAAUUCACUGAAGCAUCUUCAGCAAUGCGAAUCAGAGAAUGGGGGCCACAUAAAUUCGAGCAUCUUCAUUCCAAACAAAACGAUUAAGGUGAAAAAGGGUAGCUUGCUCCCUCGCAGGGGAGGUGCAGACGAAGGGCCACAGGACAAUGAGGAAGAUUUACAAGACGGAGAUGCGUCACAACAACGUGAUGAAAACGCAGAUCGGAGAGGAACCCACCCACUGUCCUACAUCAGACGGAUGUUCAACAAACUAGACCCCACAGAUGUAGAAAUAAUAAAAAAAUGGGAAAGCGAAAAGUGCCUCUACAUCUGUAACUAUAACAUGUACGAUGAUUACUACUACAUUUUGGGGAGCCUAGCCAGGAGCAAUAACCUCUUUAACAUAUGCACCUACGUGGAUCGCCUCGCCAAGCAUUUCCACAAGUACCAAAACUUAAACCAUAACGUCAUUAUAGACAACUAUACGCGAAGUGGGGACAAGGAAACCUACAACGGAAGGGAAAUCCUGCACGUCUACAACAACAUAAUUUUUGACAGGAAUAAUCACAUCAUGGUUCUCGUAAGUAAUGAAAAUAUGAACAAGGAAAAAAAAUACAUUUCCAUGAAUGAACAAUAUUAUAAUGACCAAAUAAAGAAGAGGAAAUAUUCCCACGUGAGCUUUUUCGAGGAAUAUAAAAAUAAGCUCACUUUUCGAGAGAAGGAUAAUGUAUCCUACUCGGAGGAGAAUGUCUUUAUGGAGACGUAUUUGUGUGAUUCGCGAGGGGAAAAUCUGCCCAUCGGAGUUGGCGAGGAGGAGGCCAUUUCGAACAUUCCUUCCGCCAAAGGUACACCUGUCACGAAACCUAACAAGAAGCAAGUCCCCCUCGAGGAGGCAAGCACCACACACAAGCCACAAGAGAAACGUUCAACCGAACAAGUGGACGGAAAAAACUUCUACUACAGCAACAUCUACGUGAAGUGCAUUAAAGACGUACGAAGUGUGCAGAAGCCGAUUUACAUUUACACGAAUGACAAAAUGAAGAACCACUACUUCAAUGAGUACACAAAUUAUAUUCUAAAAAAAUGGAAAAAAAAAAGUUUCAUUUCUUUUUACUUUAAGCAACCAAUAUUUAUAUCCGAUCUGUUAAGCCAAUCAGAAUCCAACUCCAUAGACCUCUCCAAGUUAAUAAGUACAUACAAGCUGCCUUUUGUAAAUUUAGAAAACCCAAAGCUUUAUAUUGAUGAUAUUGUAUCUUACAGGGAUAAAGGUAUUUACCACAUUAAGAUUAAUACACCUAGUAAAACGUUCCUAUCCUACCAGAAUGAAAAUAUACCCUUUUUACAAAGCGGCAACAACGUAGUUAGGUACCUCUGCAUCGACUUUUCGAAGGUGUACAGACGGGGGGCCUAA